CAACAGGGUGGAAAAAGAUGAAUUUAAACACAGAAAUAUGGAGGAUUAGAUCAACUUGCCUUCAAUCCAAGUCUGCAGUUAGGGAGUGUAUAUUAACAAAUUCUUACCCUUCCCCUUCCAACCUGGAGAUCAACUGCUCAGGUAACACCACACCAGGCAAUACUUCAGCUAUCUGUAAUCUCAGUCUUUUCGCUUGCAUUUACAUUUCACAAAUGCUUUUGUUCAAAGGACGUCCAAACGAGCUAGCAUCCAAUCUACAGUAGAUCCAGGAGAAGUCAUCAAGAAUAAGAGCUUAGUUUUACAUUCCAUCUGACAGUGCAACAUGGUUGCAAGUGCAUGAAGCAAUGCAUAGGUUUAUGGGAAAUGAAACGGCAGCAUUGAGUAAGUUAUCUUACUCAGCCAGCAUGGAGAACUACGCCUGGAUGUACCCGACUCAGAAUUAAUUCAGCUGAAUCAGAUUUGGCUGUUCAAUACGAAUAUGAAAGUGCUUUGUUUUAUGACCCACCCAUCCACCCUGACCUUUUCCCUAAGCAGUCCACAGCGCUUUGAUACAGCAGCAGUGUAUGUGUUACCUACAGCUGUAUGACUCAUGAGCAGCCUGAUACGUUGGACAUUUUAUAUUCUGGUUGGGCAACACAAGGCCCUGAUCAGACGGAGCGCGCUUUAUCAGCCUUGGGCAGUUUUUUCAAGAAAAUUGAAGUGUUGUGCUCAAUGCUUUUGCCCUGCUGAGCGCCUCAUAUUUUUCUACUCUAUGCGCCUUGCAUUCUUGCAGGAGUGCCCUGAACGCCUUGAGUUGAAAAAACUUCAACUCAGAGAGAAAAAGUGCCCAAAGCCAGUGAUUUGGUGGUUGCCUAGCAAAAAUAAUAAAAACACCCAACUGCCAGCGCUAUUGUAAGGUGUCAGUGUUAUUUUGCCAUGCCAUACUUUUAUACACUUUCAAUUCUCUGUCUGCAUGUUUUUCUGUCUCUCUUUCUCUAUCUCUCUCUCUCUUCUUCAGACUCUGUCAGGCUGGUGAAUAGGACUAGUUUGUGUUCAGGCAGACUGGAGGUGAAGUCUAACCAGUCUACCCAGUCGUGGUCCUCAGUGUGUGAAGAUGACUUUGACCUGCAGGAUGCAGAGGUGGUCUGCAGGGAGCUUGGCUGUGGGGCUCCUUCAGUCCUCCAGGGGGCGCUCUAUGGAGACAUGGAGGCUCCAGUGUGGACCAAAGAGUUCCAGUGUAGAGGCCAGGAGUCUGCUCUGCUGGACUGUGAGAGCUCAGAUAGAAACACCUGCUCUUCUGGCAAAGCCGUUGGACUCACAUGCUCAGAGCCCGAUAAUAUGCGGUUGGUGAGAGGAACCAGUUGCUGUGCCGGUGGACUGGAGAUAAAGAAAGAUGGAGAGUGGAGUAAAGUGGAUGUUGAUGAUCAUUCAGCCUGGAAUCUAAAGGCAGCCGACGUAGUGUGUAGACAUCUUGACUGCGGCUCUGCUGUUUCAACAGGGUGGAAAGAGAUGGCUUUCAACACAGAAAUACGGAAGAUUAGAUCAACUUGUCUUCAAUCCAAGUCUGCAGUUAGGGAGUGUAUAUUAACAAAGUCUUACACUUCCCGUUCCAACCUGGAGAUCAACUGCUCAGACUCUGUCAGGCUGGUGAAUAGGACUAGUCUGUGUUCAGGCAGACUGGAGGUGAAGUCUAACCAGUCUACCCAGCCGUGGUCCUCAGUGUGUGAAGAUGACUUUGACCUGCAGGAUGCAGAGGUGGUCUGCAGGGAGCUUGGCUGUGGGGCUCCUUCAGUCCUCCAGGGGGCGCUCUAUGGAGACAUGGAGGCUCCAGUGUGGACCAAAGAGUUCCAGUGUAGAGGCCAUGAGUCUGCUCUGCUGGACUGUGACAGCUCAGAUAGAAACACCUGCUCUUCUGGCAAAGCUGUUAGACUCAUCUGUUCAGACCCUGAUGUCAGGUUGUCAGGAGGAGCCAGUAGCUGUGCUGGUACGCCAGAGAUGAAACAACAGGGACAGUGGAGACCAGUGAUUGACUGGGAUUCUGAAUGGGACCAGAAGUUAUCAUCUGCAGUGUGUAAACGGCUGGACUGUGGUUCUGCUGUUUCCACAAACAUCAGCAGCAGCUCUUCAGAAACAACUGUGUGGGGGAUCAGUCGUUCUUGUGUUCAGUCUGAUUGGAUAGUACGGGAGUGUUUAUGGUUAACAAGUACCAGGAAAAGCCCCACAAACCUGGAGGUGGUCUGCUCAGAUUUGCUGACUCAGCCAAACAUCUCCUUCUCUACCCACAUUGACGGGGUUUCUGAGGCCACGCAGCAGGGGUUGCGAGUGCUCAUGGGCUCAGACUUCACCAUCAGCUGCUCCAUCCUGCCACAGUACCCAGGAGGCUCCUUCCAGCUCAUCUUCAACACCUCCGACCCAGAACAGAAGACCUACACCCUGCCAGCUGUCAAUCACUCAGCCCACUUCCUGUUCUCUGCUGCAGACUCCACCCACCGAGGGGAGUACCGCUGUGUUUAUCACCUCUACGUUUUCUCCCAUAACUUCUCUUCUGAGAGCCGGCCGCUCCAUCUCACUCUCGCAGAUUUGCUGGCUCAGCCAAACAUCUCCUUCUCUACCCACAUUGACGGGGUUUCUGAGGCCACGCAGCAGGGGUUGCGAGUGCUCAUGGGCUCCGACUUCACCAUCAGCUGCUCCAUCCUGCCACAGUACCCAGGAGGCUCCUUCCAGCUCAUCUUCAACAACUCCGACCCAGAACAGAAGAACUACACCCUGCCAGCUGUCAAUCACUCAGCCCACUUCCUGUUCUCUGCUGCAGACUCCACCCACCGAGGGCAGUACCGCUGUGUUUAUCACCUCUACGUUUUCUCCCAUAACUUCUCUUCUGAGAGCCGGCCACUCCAUCUCACUCUCGCAGAUUUGCUGGCUCAGCCAAACAUCUCCUUCUCUACCCACAUUGACGGGGUUUCUGAGGCCACGCAGCAGGGGUUGCAAGUGCUCAUGGGCUCCAACUUCACUAUCAGCUGCUCCAUCCUGCCACAGUACCCAGGAGGCUCCUUCCAGCUCAUCUUCAACACCUCCGACCCAGAACAGAAGACAUACACCCUGCCAGCUGUCAAUCACACGGCCCACUUCCUGUUCUCUGCUGCAGAUCCCACCCACCGAGGGGAGUAUCGCUGUGUUUAUCACCUCUACGUUUUCUCCCAUAACUUUUCUUCUGAGAGCCAGCCACUCCAUCUCACUCUCGCAGGUAACUUUAUUGAGAACCUAAAUUAA